AGAAAAAGCUAACACAGGGGAAGGUUGGGAAGGAACAAAUCCCAUUUGGGGAAAAAGCAAACUUAAUUCCCUCAAAUUUAGAAAAGGGGAAUUAUGGGAAUUGAAAUUCGACCCGCCAACAGUGACAGUGAAAUUGGUAGUGCGCCGGUGGUAGUUGGACUUCAACCAUUUGCGCUAGUUGACCAUAUAGCUAAGGUUGAUUGGUCUCUUCUCUCCCAAAUUCCCGGCGAACGUGGUGGCUCCUUCCCUGUUGCAGUUGAUGAGUUGAAGCAUAUACUCAACGAGCUUAAUUCCCAUAUCCUUCCUUCUACUGAUGAUGAAUCUCCAUUGAAGACCAUAGCUGGGGGCAGUGUUGCAAAUACAAUUAGAGGGUUGGCUGCUGGCUUUGGGAUUAGUUGUGGAAUCAUUGGGGCUUGUGGCAAUGAUGAAGAAGGUAAAUUAUUCAUGAGCAACAUGGGCUUUUACAAAGUGGAUAUCUCAAGAUUGAGAUUAAAGAAUGGAACUACAGCUCAGUGUGUUUGUCUGGUUGAUGAAAUUGGCAAUCGUACAAUGCGUCCCUGUCUCUCUAGCUCUGUGAAAGUUCAGGCAGAUGAACUGAAAAGAGAGGACUUCAAAGGUUCCAAGUGGUUGGUGCUGAGAUAUGCCAUACUGAAUAUAGAAGUUAUUAAGGCAGCCAUCAAAAUUGCAAAGGAAGAAGGCCUUUUUGUAUCGCUUGAUCUAGCCAGCUUUGAGAUGGUGAGGAAGUUUAAAUUACCUCUAAUUGAAUUACUGGAGUCAGGGAACAUAGACCUUUGCUUUGCAAAUGAGGAUGAAGCAACUGAGCUGCUAAGAGGUGAAGACAAUGCAGAUCCUGAGGCAGCACUUGAAUUUCUGGCUAAACAUUGCAAGUGGGCUGUUGUAACCUUAGCACAAAAUGGGUGCAUGGCAAAACAUGGGAAAGAGUUAGUCCGUGUUCCAGCAAUUGGCGAGGCAAAAGUAACAGAUGCUACAGGUGCAGGAGAUCUGUUUGCAAGUGGGUUUUUGUAUGGAUUGGUACGAGGGCUGCCACUGGAGGAAUGUUGCCGGGUUGGUUCUUGCAGCGGUGGGUCUGUGAUUCGAUCUCUUGGGGGUGAGGUGACUCCUGAAAACUGGCAAUGGAUGUACAAACAAAUGCAGACAAAGGGAAUCUCCAUUCCAGAGCCAAGCAAAUGCUUGUUGUGAGUCUUGUGAUAUAUAAGAGUGAUUUUGUUCUAUCGUUACGAGGUUUCUUCUCCCUCCAGCCGAAACCUCUCCUCCCUUCCCCCCUCCCACUCAAAAGAAAAAGGACAAAGGAAAAAAGAGCAGCACUGUGUUUUUUAAGUGCCUACUCCUGCUAUUUGACUUUUCAAGAAGAAAUGUUGAACGAGGUUCCUAUUAUUGAAUCCAGAUGUCCAAUUUAAUUCAAAUAUCGUGAUGCAGUUUUAUGUACACUGCCUUGAAACUUGCCAUAGAGCAGAGAAUCAAAGCUUCUAUCCCUUCGUCCUGCUUCUCUGAGUUGUAGCUCGAUGAACUUGAUUGAACCUAGUUUGUACAAUCCACGACCAGAACAUGCAUCUUCCUUUUUAUAACGAGCUAUUAGAAAUGA